UAUAAAACAAAAGGGAUCAAAAAUACAUUUUCCUAAUGGUAGUGAUUUGUUUUUAAUUGUAUUCAGAAAAUUGCUCUUAACAAAUGAAGUGCAAAGCCAAAUAAAAGGCACAGACUUUUAUAAGAAAUCUUUUUGAAUUAAUUGUAUUGCAAAUAAUGUAGCAGUAGUGGACAAACAAAUUAUGUGAAGCUUAUUCAUUUGUGAGUCGUGAUAAUUGCGAAAGGUUGUAUCGAAGUAUGUGGCAAUUAUAUGAAAAUAAUAAUACAAGAGGUGUUAAAUGACUUUCGUACAGUAUUACAUAUAAUUUUCGGCUGUGAUAUUAUUAGUGUGCAAAUCAAUAAACGACUAGUAAUACGUUGAAGAUUACAACAACAGCAAAUCCCAGAUAACACAAUAUUUAUUUAAUGGAAUACGUUUGUAUAUAUAGACAAAAGUGCAUUGAAAUGAAUUGCAGCAGCUGUAGUGAAAUGCAAAAAGAAACACUAUAACUUAGUGAUAGCCAUAAUAACAUCAAAACCCAUUUAAACUAUUAUGGCGUACCAAAUCUUGAAAAUGAAUUAUUGAAAUACAUAUACAUAUUUGUAUCUGAAAAUUUGUCUAUACUUCUCAGUCAUCCUUGACAUCUAAUUCCUUGGUAUUACACUUUUGUAAAUCUUCUGACUGGUCAAUGGCUGACUUCGAUGCAAUUUAUGAAGACGAACAACUGGAGGAGCACUAUGAAGAUCAAAUGGUCGCACCUGUCCCAGAACCAAUCAUUAUUCGAGGUGCUGGCAACAUGACAGUAUUUGGUUUGAGUAAUCGUUUCAACACAGAAUUUCCCUCGGGUCUGGUUUCGCGUGUUGCACCUGAAGAAUUCAAGGCAACAAUCGGACGUAUUAAUGGAAUUUUGAAGAAAACAUUACCAGUAAACGUGAAAUGGCUAUUCUGCGGCUGUGUAUGUUGUUGUUGUACAUUAGGUUGUUCCCUUUGGCCAGUCAUUUGUUUGAGCAAACGGACGCAAAACACUCUUGAUAAGCUGCUUGAAUGGGAGAAUAGCCAUUUGUAUCAUAAACUAGGCCUGCAUUGGCGACUUCAUAAGCAACAAUGUGAUUCAAAUUCGAUGAUGGAGUAUGUGCUGCGUAUUGAAUUUAUACCGAAGACGCCUAUUUAUCGUCCGGAUUAAAUAAACAUGAUUUGAAGAUCGAACAUCAUUUUAAGCGGGGGAAGGGGGGUUUUAAGUCGGCCUUGGGCUUUGAUUAUGCAUAGAGUUUGAAAUAAUUUUUAUUAGAAUAACUGGAAGAAA